AAAUAGUUUUGAUUUUCACGGGAACACAAAGUGAUGUGAACUGUUAUCGUGAAAGGGUAAAUCGGGAAUUCCAUUUUUCCGUAAGCUUCUCGAAUCCAAAACUCGAAACCCUAAUCUAACACUAACAUUGGCAGCAGGUAUACACACAUAUCAAUCCUCUCCACAGGAUUGAAUCAUCACCCACAUCUUCUUCUUCUUCUUCGUCUCGUAAUUUGAUUAUUGAAUUGAAUCUACUACUACAUAUUUUCUAUAUAUUUAUUUUCUUUUUGAUGCCGAUACGAGAUGCCUCCGAAGCAAUCAAAAGCUGAUGUAGCGAAGAAGCAGAAGGUUGUAGAAGACAAAACUUUCGGUCUCAAGAACAAAAACAAAAGCAAAGCUGUACAGAAAUAUGUUCAGAAUCUCAAAUCAUCUGUGCAGCCCAAAAUCGACCCCAAAGUCGAUGCAAAGAAAAAGAAGGAGGAAGAGAAGGCCAAGGAGAAGGAGCUGAAUGAUUUGUUCAAAAUUGCUGUUAGUCAGCCUAAAGUCCCACCAGGUGUUGAUCCCAAGUCUAUAUUAUGUGAGUUUUUUAAAGUGGGGCAGUGUGCUAAGGGUUUCAAAUGCAAAUUUUCCCAUGAUUUGAAUGUUCAGAGGAAAGGGGAAAAGAUUGACAUAUAUAGUGAUAAGCGUGACGAUGAAACAAUGGAGGAAUGGGAUCAAGAGACAUUGGAGAAAGUGGUGGAGUCGAAGAAAAAUGAGUAUAAUCAGAACAAACCAACUGACAUUGUUUGUAAACACUUUUUGGAUGCGGUAGAGAGGAAGCAAUAUGGUUGGUUUUGGCAAUGCCCCAAUGGUGGUAAGAAUUGUCACUAUAGACAUGCACUUCCACCUGGGUAUGUUUUAAAAUCCCAAAUGAAGGCUUUGUUAGAGGAAGAAUCUGAUAAAAUGCCAAUUGAAGAGGAAAUUGAAAAGCAGCGGGCCCAAGUGAAAACUACAACUCCCAUGACUCCUGAGUUGUUCAUGCAAUGGAAGAAGAAAAAGUUGGACGAGAGAGAUGCCAGUUUGGCUGCCCAACAGGCAGAGAGGGCUAAGAAUGACCGUAUGAGUGGUCGUGAGCUGUUUUUGUCGGAUGCUAGCUUGUUUGUGGAUGAUGCGGAAGCAUAUGACAAGUACCAAAGAGAACCAGAACCUGAUGAAACUGAACAGAAUGGGAAUGGGAGUGCUGCUAAUAAUGGUCCCAGCACCUCAGCAGCAGGUGGUGCUGAUGAUGAAGUUCCUGAUGACAUUGAUGACGAUGAAUUGGACUUGGAUGAGUUAAAUGAACUGGAAGCUAGUCUAGCCAAGACAUCAAUUCAAAUUAAUGAACCAGGAGCUGAAGCUUAAUCUUGAAAAUUUAUCUCAACCAUGAUGUGAUAUUUUUAUGCCUCUGCUUAACAAUCUAUCAUUUGCUUCUAGCCACAGGCAUUCCGCAUUUAAGGAAGUUUUUCAUAUGAAGCCUUUGAUGAUAAUGAAAUCACUAUUUACAGCAUUGCAUUUGGUAUGAACGAUGACAGUUUUUGUACGAUUCAGUUUUCUGUACUUAGGUCCCUCAUUGGACCCGUGACUAUGACAAACUUUUUGUUGUUCUAAUGUGGGUAGUCUUUGUACAGACUGUACCUAAUUUUUGUUAUUUGAGUUUCCCCUACUUUGCAAUGGCUUA